AUGAGUGGAGAUGAAAUGUCCUUUGAAUAUAUUGGCAGGGACCUUCGCACUUCUGCAAAACCAGGACUAGCUUGUACCAAGAGGAACCGACUUAGUCUAUUGAACUCAAGUGAAAAGGGUGACCCAAACGUAAGACGGCGUACUGCUCACGAAAUUGACCGAGAUGUAAAGAUCCGUGACAUCCUUACAACGCUUAACAUUCCAGCUGAACAACCUUGUGUCUCAGCACCUCCUUUACUUAAUUUCCCUCAAAAUAAUGAACUACAUUCCAAUCUAUGCAAAGGUGCAGCGGACGGGGGAAGAACGGAAACCUAUUCUUCUACCCAUCCUUCUAAAGGUAAUUCUUCAGGGGCUAUAACGUCAGCGACCUUAGCUCCCACUCAUGCGAAAUUGUUAAUGUCCGAAAGUAAUAAGCCUUCAAUGGUUGCACCUUCAGCUGUAACGGGAAUGCAUCAUUCUCAUCGUGAGUCGAAGUCUCAUUAUCACAGAAACAAUCGCACGGCCUUUGUGACACGUAAUGCACUGUGCGAGGUUGAUCCUGUUACGAAACAAUGUAUGCAGGUGAAUGUAGCUUCUCAUUCCACCGUCCACUCUUCCUCAUUGAGACGUACGGGAUAUUGGUCCAAUGGUAUUAAUCGAGCCCCACGUCGAGGUCGUUUCGGCGGCGAUAGUGAAGGGAGGGAAAAGAAAGACUGCUCCGGCUUCGAAAUGCGCUCCCGUCCCUCUAUCCAGCUCGUUGAAGUUAGUCAUUCUCCCAGUGAUAGAACGUAUAGUGGCCGUCGCGGUGAUAGCGUAAGGAGUAGAGGGGGACGUGGAGGGUAA